AUGAGCAAACUUGCAUCGGCGCAAGUGGCUAUUUCUCAAGGGAAAUUAGCUGUGAUAGUUGGAUUCAAGCCCGUGUCCGAUUUCAUCAAAUACGAUCCUUCUUUCAACCAACAAAACCAUUUCCCUCCCGGCCCGCGCCAAUCGCAAAGAAAAUUCACACUAUUCCUACAGCUACCAACAGAGCUACAACUCCUGAUAUGGAACCACGUCUUGCUGGACCGCGAAGCACGACUCAUCAUCGUCAGAUCUACAAAUAUAUGUGCCGUUCUUCCAGGCGGGGAAUUCGAAACCCCAGUAUUAUACCAAGCAACCGCAUACAGCGAUAUCCCGCCCACCUUACAAGUCUGCCAUCUAUCUAGGACCGAAGCUCGCAGACAUUAUAGCCUGUGCUUUCAGCAAAAUCUAGUUCAUCCUGUGUAUUUUGACCCGCGGAAGGAUUUUUUGGUCAUGGAGGGCGCGAAGGCUUUGGAAAGCUUUGUGGAUCAUGGUCUUAGGCAUGAAAAGUCGGCGGAUGAUCGUUCGAGUAGAUUGGCGGGCAUAGUUGUCGGAAAUGGUUGGAGGGGUGUCGAAUUCCUGUAG